AUAAAAUAACGAAGCACUACUGGGGGGGAGAAAGAAGCAAACCGGUAAAGGAUUAAGGCACGCCAAUAAAAUGACUUAUAUCCUUACGUAUGUAUUCUGGCCAGAAUGGCACGUCUGCAGAGUUUGCCUUUGAAAAGAAAGUGAAUGAAGGAAAAAUCGAUAGCUUGUAGUGUAUUUUUUUAGAAGUUUGUCUGCGCUAAACUUUGUAAUGGAUUGAAAGUAAGGCAGACGAGUAUCCGAUAUACCCUCGAAGUGUGGAUAAAUUUUGCAAAAUAAACAUAUUGCAGCGAAUGGAAUAAACAUUGACCGGCCUAAAGCAAACUGAAUGGAAUGUUUGAAGUAGGAAAAGCAGUUAAACGACAGAAAGACCAUGUUGACUUUGUUACAUGAGCAGCAUUAGCGGGAUUACAUUCCAUCUCGGCGAGUAAAAGCCGGAAACUCUUCUACUGAAAAAAAGCCAACGUCAUCGUGCAUCAGCACUUGCUUUGCGAAACAUCGAGGUGUAGAAGCCCGGAUCCGUGGAAAAUUGGAGAAAAGCGUCUUUUACCGGCGACAAUUGUGUUGUGUUUUGUGUGCGUGUCAGCAAAAUUAGUCAACCCGUAAAAUGUAAUAUUUUAUCUGACAGAGCACGGAGAAGUACCAUAAAGGAUCAUUUUUUUCACUAUUUUGUGGAUAAAAAGUUAACUUAAAUGUAUGUAAAUAAUGAAUCCAACGAUGAAGUGUUUAAAUUCUAAAUAAAAUUGGUAAUCUUUUGCUCUCUCUUCAAAAGUAAGAGAUAGAACACCUAUUAGUAUUCAGAGUAGAUUAGUGAGGCGUAGGUGUUAAAAGCUAUUCAUCUUUAAAUUUUUUAAAGAAACUUUUAUGUCCUAGUGCUAGUCAUGUAAUCGCUCCAAAUUCAGAUUAUUUAUUACACCUCAACAGAGGCCGUGAAAUCACAGUGUACUAAUCACCUUUUCCAGUAGCCGAAGUUAGCAGAGUAACGUAGGCCUGAAGUAAGUUACGUAGGCGAGUAUUAAUAACCUGGGUGAAAGGUGCUAAAUCGGAUUGUUCUUGGUAACUCUACUGGAAGCCGAUCGCAAACGAAACGAACUUCGCCAAUUAGGGCGAAUACGUGCCACCCAUAAUCCACGUGGAUUUUCCAUUUGGUUUGCUGCAAAUUAGCUAGAAGGCAUAACGAGAAGCAGCAGACAAAUUAAGCUUUCGUACCGCAAAUCAAUAAAAUAUCCCAAACUAAACUGUUCAUCGAAGUUUUGUAACUGAUAUUUGAAAUUUUUUUGAGUCACGGAUCAGCCGACCAAAACACGAAAUCGAUAACCACAAAUAUGGAGGCUAUUUGCUAACAAGGCACACAAAAGGGCACAGUGGUUUCCGGUGUUGACAACGGCGGAUAAAACGAUACUCGCUUUUUAGAUGUAUAUAAUGGAUGAACACGUUCAACGAAGUGAGAACAUAAACCAUCGAAAACUAGUUCGAAGCUAUGAGCAAAUAUCGCCCGUAUGUGAUAUUCAACAGUCGCCUUCACCGGGUAGUUUUGUCGAGCGCAAACCGCCAUCUCCAUCGAUGACGAUGGUGUUAUCGCCGAGCAGCAGUAUGGCAUCCGAUACGACCAUCAUCAACAAUGCCACAGCAAUGAGCCAAUCACCCAAAACACCUUCUCCAAACAACAUUUUACCGAUGGCCAUCAGCAAAAGUUUCGAGCAAGCUUCAUUGCAAUCACCUCCCAAGUAUCAGAUAUACCAUCAGUUUAGUCGAAUAUCUAACUCGACCCAACAGUUCAUUCAACGACAACAGCAGCAACAACAACAACAGCAAAACUCACCAAAAGGACAGUUAGCAUCGCCUACAAAUCAACAGCAAUCACCAUUAAGUCGAAAGGCCAGCCUUACAAACACACCUUCGCCAGGCGAACCGGUCGACCCGCGAAUUGCACGACCCACUAACUACUAUCAUCAUUCUCUACAGCAAUCGAAACCUAUGGACCAAAGAAGCAAUAACCCUUUUAUACUAAACUUUAACAACAUAUCUAAAUGUUGCCUGAAAAAUUCACCCCCAUCAUCCAGCUCACCGUGCUCAUCUUCCCCGACCUCUGGCGGUGGAUCUGCAGGAUUCCAGUCACAAACCAUAUCAUCACCAUCAGCUCCUGCCCGCCGCAGUCGCUCCUUGCUUCUCAAAUCGUCUACUCCACAAGCACAGCAGCCAUCCAGUGGACAGCUACCAGUACCCCAAGCUACGGCUCCUGGUCCACCGGUGCCACCCAGGCUAAGCAAAUCACCAAAUGCGAGCAGUUCAGCGGGAUCAGGAUCAUCUCCCACUCAGACACCACCGACCAUUACGAGUACCAGCUGCUGUUCAAUUGCACCGACAGUCGUACCGAAUGAAAAAAUACCACCAGAGGGCUCUUGUACGGAGGAUGGCCCACCCGGAGUAACUAAUAUUCGCAAAAAGCGCGACGAUUUUCUCAAGACUACCAUGAAGAUAUGUUUGGUAGUCUCACCACCGUCUUGUAAAUUGCAGCUAAAAUCAAGAAGUCUUACUCACUUGGACAAAUUGGAACCACCUUCAAGUAUUCCGAUCGGCCACCAUCAACUGGAUCGAUGUAAAGGUGACACCUCGGAUACAUCCAAUACGUCGAUAGCGUCCGCCACGGGAUCAACGGGUCAUGGCAGUCGCUCGAUAGGUGGCACACGCUGUGGCAGUACCGAUGGUCCUAGCCCUGGUGAGGCGUUUUUAUCACCUCACAGCAAGGAGGUUUCUCCGCCGGUAGUUUCUACUUCCGGUAGUACUUUGAUCGGUUUGAGUGACAGCGAUGGAGGCUGCAUAAACCCCGCAUACGAUAGUGGGGACGGAAAUUGCCCUCCCGAGUCUAACAACCGACGAGACGACAGCGGAGGUAUGCCUGAAGGAUCCGGGGCGACGUGCGGUGAGAGCAUCGCAAGCAGUACCAGCUACGAGAAUUCCAAUCAGACUUACUGCCUCUCGUCGCCGUCCUGCCCAAAAUCUAAAUCCCUGUCCACGUCCACUUCGCUCAAGAAGAAAUCUUCGUCGUUUUUGCACCGGGAACGCAAGAAACCGGUUCUGACACGAAGUCAAGUAUCCAGCUCGGAGUAUUUCUCAGUUUACUUCAGUACCAGCGAUACAAAUGGCUUCCAGGAUGAAAUCUUGAUACCGGCCACGAAAGGAGUUUGCCUGGCCGACUCUCUACACUCUUCAUUGUCGCAGCGCAGCCUCAGCUUUUCCCAGAUCUGCAUCCUAGACAAUGGCUUUAUCAAUUCUCAAGAACUGGGUAUUCAAUAUGUGGGACCACUGGAUGCAUACACCGACAUUUCAAGCCUGGCAGGGCGCACGUUGGUUGUUGCGGACAAAGAUAGUACCGCGAGACAUGCCAGCGGUCACAUUAGCCUGCAGAAGGCAGCUUCUGUGGGUUACCGAUCGACAUCGAACCGCCUGUUCACCUCCACUUCCACCGACGAAACCUACGAUCAAAGUCCAAAAGCGGCCUCCGCAUCAUCCAGCAAGCAAUCCAAGCAAAAAUGGACAAUAUCGUUCGGAUCAAAGGGACCACAAAAAUCAAAACUGUGUGAAUUGCUGGACAGCUACAAUAAGGGAAUUCCAAAACUGACGUCUUCCGCCAGCAAUUUUGACAAACCAGAAUAUUUAGAAGCAUUAGACAGCCUUAAAAACUUACCUCAGUCGUGGACAGAUGUUGUCAACUAUGACGGUAUGAGCGAAACAGAAACAAAAAUCCAAUCUGCUAUAUGGGAGUUAGUAACGACAGAAGUUUACUACAUUCUAGCGCUGCAAACGGUUACAGAUUUAUUUUUGGCAUGCCUGGAAGAUAUUCAAUCGCACAACAUCCUGACCGAUAUUGACCAGAACAAGUUGUUUUCCAACAUACGCGAUAUUUGUGAAUCGAAUCUAAAGUUCUGGACCUACUAUCUAUACCCAAUGGUGAAGGAAAGUGCGGAAACGAAACAACCCAUGAGCGUAUGCAAGUUCAAGGAUGGUUUCAUAAAAUUCUCGGCUAUUUUUCAUCCAUACACUAAGUAUUGCGCGGAACAGAGCACCUGUCAAUAUUACUGCAAAGAGCUGUACCAAAACAAUUCCCUCUUUAUGUCGUACUGUGCCUGGUGCGAGUCGCAGAAAAUGUGCAACCGCCUCCGACUUGCUGAUAUCCUGGUCCGUCCGAUGCAAAGGCUCACCAAGUACGGUCUGCUGCUGGUCGCAAUUAAGAAGCAUAUUGCCGAUGAGCAUGAGAGCGAAUCGAUCGAUGAAAUGAUUCACUCGGUCGAGGAAUUUGUGGCCGGCGUAAAUACCCAUUUAACGAACCGGCAAGAGAAUGAAAGACUGAAAGGAAUUAAUGCACGAAUUGAUUCCUAUGAGGUAGUCGACUCCAACAACGAGAACCUGGACAAAAUGGUGAAACACUACAGCACUAUGUUCGAUCUAUGUUUGCCGAUGUUGGGAACUACCGAGGGUCGCAAACUAUUCCUGGAAGGAGAUCUCAAAUACAAAGAUGGCCUCGGAAAGAUGGAUGUACACUGCUUUUUACUUACCGACUUUUUGCUGGUGUGCAAGAAAAACAAACAUGAGAAUUUAAAGAUCGUUCGGCAACCCUACAUGACCGACCGGCUAACAGUACAAAUCAAGGAGCAAACGUUGUACUGCUGCUAUCUGAACGAGUUGUCCCUGGUGGUGGCGGCAUUCACCUUACACUGCUCAAAAGCUCAAAGCUGGCACGAUUCGAUCACCAAAGCGAAGCACAUUUACUCCCGACUGAAACUUGGUACUGCGUCUGAUUUGCGGCCAUACGGCAACAACAUUGGCAUCUGCAGUAUCAACAACAUCAACAGCAAUAUGAACAUCAACAACGAUAAUCUUAGCAUCCGAAAAUCACCGCUCAAUAGUUCGAUAGGUAGUAGAGUCAGUAGUUUGAACAAUAGCCAUAGUGGGUCCGUCGAUCUGAACGAAUCCAAGCCAGUCUCCAUUGACUUUGAGAAAAUGAAUUCACUAUCCAGUGACGAUGGUGCUAAUGGUACUGCUUCAGGAUCUGCCGUCCAAGGCAAACAUAUUACCGGAGGUCCAUGGAAGGUGAAAUCGACAGUCACAACCAUGCAUACAUCAUCCAACUCGCUCACGGUACAGCCAUUCAGUGCUUUGGGGCAAAGUAUGCCCAAUCUGAAUCUUAGUUCUGUACCAAAUAAUAAUACUUUAUCAGUUCCGGGUACAUCUGGAAGUCACUCACACUCAGGCAUGGUUCUGCUAUCACCUAGUCAACGAGGUAUCUCCUACCCACCACCAUCGCCAACGAGAGCAACCCUCCGGCGGGGAUUUGCUUUCUCGUCCUCGAUUAAGAACCCACCGCUUAUCAAAACUCGAAACGUUGCAUCACAGCAAAGUUUUAUCCUCUCCCAGCAGUCUAGCUUCAAUUCAGCCACCUUGGGUCAACAUCAACAGUGCCUGCAAACGUCCUCGCCAUCGCCUGGUAGUUCGCCAAACGUUCCAUUCAUCAAGCGCAAAAACAGCUUCCAAAGCCAAAGUCCAUCCGGCUCGAGUCAAGGGCAGGUCCAAAGCACCGCUUUCGAUCCGAACAGUCAUGAAACUGAUGCUAUCUAGUAUAAACUUUUGCCCUCCGGUCGGAGAUAGGGUCCGCUCUAUCUGGUCACUUACCAUAGAAAAUAUCAUUUAUUUUCUGCCACCUUAGCCAAGCUAAGCGGGGCUCCACUUUAUGUCCUAGGAAAAACCGUACUUUCCGUGUAAUUAUGGCACAUAUUUGGAACAGUGCUAACGUUAUUUGUUGUACAUAUUCAAAUUUUAACCACCAAAGUAGAUAAGUCGAAUAGCAUAUUAUACUAUAUUUAUUAUGGAAAAGAAUUUAGAAUUCCUAUUACUGUUCUUAGAUAUUAAAACGUUAUUAUUUUGUUUUUAAGAAAAGUUGAACACUGAACACAACAAAACGAUGCUGUGACACACACUAGAACAAAGGAAAGAAGAAAACACAGGAAAAACAGUUAUUUUGUGGAAAGACGACAGAGCUCACAGAUGAAUGAAACUGUUUGUUUUCGGAUCCUUUGCUGUAUAGUAUUAUGUAAUAAAAAACGUUUCUAUCGUAGGAGCUAGUACCGCUAGGCUUUCAUAACUUUUUGGUUGCUACUUUCAUACACUUUCUACUGUCUAUUGUUGGUAGAAAAUUACUUUACUAUCCAAAGAUGGUCGGGGAUAACAGGUAGGAAGUUGAAGAAGUUUAGUUUAUUUAAUUUCACGAGCAUUAUCAAUAGUUGUUGAUAUGAUGAUUCUUGAAGAUGAUUAUGGAAUUAGUACGCCAAACGCAACUGGUCUAAUUCAGCAUGCAAGUUGUGAAAAUUUUAAAACACCCAUUGCUUCUAGAAGAAUUAAACAAUGUUUAGAACAUGAUAUACAUGGUUGAUAUCAUGAACUAUCUGAAUACCGAUCAGAAGAAACACCUUUCUUCCAACACCUACCGACCAUCGCAUUAUUACGCUUACAGCAAAUUGGUUUGAUGAAUCUAAUGCGUGCUUCGAUGAUCUAUUUUUAAUUGAACGAUUACCCAACAAUUUCAUUCCCGUAAAUGUCACAAAAUCUACUCUAUUGCUAGACAUGAUUGCUAACACGUUUUUUGCUUUUCAAGCUUUCUUUAUUAAACGUAAUGCGAACAGCGAUACACCUAAUUGGACAAAAGCAAUAAUUAAAUAUAAAAUAAAAACUGUACUCGUGGAUGGUGAACAAAACGAUUUUAAACUCAAUAAUUUGCAUAUCAUGCGAUAUGUCUUAGACGACGGGAGAAUCAUUACUCCAUCAGAGAUACUUUCAUGGGAAUAAGUCUUACAAAACAACAACCCACAGCUUUUCACAUGUCAUAGACAAAAAAAGUAUUGUAGAUAACUUAUAGUAUUCUAGUAGGAUAUGAAAGAAACAUAACGGCUCUAAAUAUUAGCAUUUAUUGUUAACAGGAAUUGUCAACACUAAAUGAUCAAAACCAGUUUUAAUAUUACAAACUACAGUAGUCUUUAUAGGAUUAGUUUUCUUGGAAACAGGAUUCAAAAUGUGACAAACAUUUCAUCCUAACGACGUAGUCGUAAAGCAAGAUUUACCUAGAAGUGUAUAGGUUUUUUUGAAUUUGUAAUGGAAACGAAACAGUUAAACCAUAAAUCGCGCCAAUAACCAGCAAAAUAAAAUUAUUUAUAAAUGAAGCACUGAAGUCAUCGAGUUUGCAAUAGUUACACCUUAGAAAUCGGUAGUGAAUUUGCGAUAAAUGUUUGCAAAUUUGAUUAUGAACUCAUAUGAAGUCGAUUCGAAAGGACACAACCAAUUUAGUUACAAAUUUCGGUGCAGGAACAAGGUUUUCACUACGGUAGCAUAAACGAAACAAACAAUUGGUUUGAAUCAUCAUCUGUUGAAUAGAAAUAGCAGAAUUGAUCCUUUUAGCAGUGACAACAUAUCUUUCUGACAUGUUCGCAUACUAUUGACAACCGUAACAAGUAAUUUGAGACCAUAUUGAUCAUUUUUUCCACAACAUAUUGGUAUUCAAAUGAGGCUUGUGCAAAAUAAUUUUAAAUUCGUCCUUUUUUCUAUUGUAGUUUCCAUUAUUACGAAUUUUGUCCAUGUUUAAUCUUACGUGAUCCUCUAGUUUUUAAUAUCUUCGUGCGAUUCUGAAAAUAUUAUUUGCAGAGCAAAGAACAGAAUCGUGGGUCACUUUUGGCAUUCAUCACAGCAGCUAUUUUAUUUAUGUAACAGUGAGAAAAUAACUUACUUUACUAAAUUUAACUGUCUUUUCGUGCAAAAGUAUUGAAAAUAGUUCAAAAUUCUUCCCAAGGUUGAUCGGUCUUUGAUGUUUUCGAGCAAAUACUCUCAUCCAAUCUACAAUCGUUGACAAUGUUUUUUGCAGCUUCUUAUCCUUACUACUUAGCUUUAUUUUCAUGGCGAAAAAGAACCUGUGCCAAAACCAGAACACGCCUCACUAAAACUUGGUCUUGGGCUGCUUCUCGUCAUGCGCUUGCGUCACAAUUCAGUUUCUAGUAUGCCACUGAGUAAUAAGCGCAAGUUUCUACGAAUCUCGGUCGGCCUUUUUCAACGUCCGUGUCCCACGUACGUAGAGCGCCGCCGGGAGGAUCAGCGCCUUGUACAGUGCAAAUUUUGUGUGGAUCUGCAGGCAGCGAGACCUGAGCUGGCUAUACAAUCCGUAAUAAGCCCUAUUCUCCACCGAAAUCCUGCAGACGUUACGAGUGUACCUGGAUAUACGAAUUCAUAAGCCACUUCGAAAGUAUCCCCAUCCAUCACCACUGCCGCACCAAAGCACAGUGGUCCAAUAUGGCAAAAAAUGGAAUUUAAUUCCAUAACGCCUUUCACCUUCAUCCUAGCCUAAUAGUGUCUUCGGAGCAAUUGUUCGUAUGAAUGACCAGCAUAAACGCAAACUGUCAAAAAUUAUGAAAAAUUUACUAUGCUAGAAAUAAAAAACCAACUUUUACUUAAUUUCUUUUGUGUUAAGAGAUAGAGGAAUGGUCUAUUCCGAAAAGUUAUGAACGAUUCAAAAAUAUGAAACUUUGUUGAACAAAUGAAAAUCUUAUCUUCAUUCGGUACAAAGUUAUAAAGUAAAUCAUAUGGAAACCUAUUGUUUCUUUCUUCACUUCUAGACACUGCUAGCGGUUUCCACUGUCAUGUCUAUCACCUCUCGCGCUGUUUUCCUGAACGCGUCCUGGAUGAGCUUCCGCUGUUAGUUCAGGUCCACUUCAACAAUAGCUCCAUAUACUUACCUUACCGAACAGUCUCUAGUCGUGGUGUAGCCUUUGCUGUACGUAAGAGUUGCCAGAUCUGCAGUCUGCGUAGGGUUCGUAGGCCGUCCUCCACCUAAUCGAUCCACUUUGCCCACUGUGCACUUCAUCGUCGCGUCCAUAACGGAUUGGUUUUAAGAACCAUCUUUACCGGACUGUCGUCCGACAUCCUUCAGCCACCGCAACCUGCUAAUCUUAGCGGUGUGGACGAUAGAUGGCUUCCCAAGCAGCUCCUCCAGUUCGUGGUUCAUUCGCCUUCUCCACGUCCCGUUGUCGACCUGCAGUCCGCUGAAGAUGGUACGCAACACCUUUCACUCGAAGACCGCAAGGGCGCAUUGGUCCUCCACAAGCAUAGUCCAUGUCUCAUGCCCGUAGACGACUACCAGACUGAUCAGCGUCUUUUAGAUGGUUAACUUGGUGCGGCGACGAGCUCGAUUGGUACAUCACGAGACAAAAACGCCGCAGAAAAUCACCUAGUUCACCGAUCAAUUUCAAACUUUUCUACAAUAAAAUAUUACCCAUAAGCUAUCUUACUUACUUUACUUUACUUUACUUCUACGGCGACAGACCGAUUAUCGAUCCAAUGCCGAAUCCAGAAUACGUCGCCAUGUCACUCGGUCUUGGGCUGCUAUCCUUCAAUCUCCCCUAACACCUAUUUCGCGGGCAUCCUCUUCAACUGCAAACAUCCAACGGGUGCGAGGCCUACCUCGAAGUCGACGGCCUCUAUCGGAAUUUCUGCUAAAUACAGCCUUCGCUGGUCGUUCUUCCGGCAUUCUAGCUACAUGCCCAGUCCACUGCAACCUGCCGUGUUUUAUCCGCUUAACUAUAUCCGCCGAUUUGUACACCUGGUACACUUCAUGGUUCAUGCGUCUGCGCCAAACACUAUUUUCUAGUUUGCCGCCAAGGAUUGAACGCAAAACCCUACGCUCAAAACCACCAAGAGCUCGCCGAUCGGUCUCUUUCAACGUCCAUGCUUCUUGGCCCUAUAGGGCCAGUGAAGAAUUAGUUGUUUCGUAGAGUGCAAGUUUAGUACGGGUUUUCAGACUACGGGACUUCAGCUGGUUACGCAAUCCGUAGAAGGCCCUGUUUGCAGCUGCUAUCCGCCUUUUACCUCAUAGCUAACCUCGUUGUCACGUGUCACUAGUGUACCCAGGUAAAUAAAUUCGUCGACUACAUCAAAAGUUUCCCCAUCUAACACCACUAACAUUCGUUGGACUACCACACUCUCUACCAGCCACCAUGAAUUUCGUUUUGGCAGAGUUAACGAUGAGCCCUACUCUCGCAGCUUCCCUCCUGAGAGGUCCGAAGGCCUCUUCCACAGCUAAUUCGCCAUAACUCAUUUCUCUUUACUGUAUCGUACGCUGCCUUGAAGUCAACGAACAGAUGGUGCGUCUGCAGGUUAAAUUCUAGAAAUUCAUCGAGGAUCUGACGCAGGGUAAACAUUUGGUCCGUAGUGGAGCGUCCCCCUUGAAAACCACAUUGGUAAUCGCCAACAAAGGUCUCCGACAACGGCCUCAGUCUAUGGAACAGAAUACGGGAGAGAAUUUUGUGAACGGUGUUGAAAAGGGCCCCGAUAAUUACUACAGUCCAAGCGGUGGCCUUUUUCGUAGCUUGGACAUAUGAGACCCUCCAACCAGUCCGAGGGCAAUUCUUCAUCGGACCAUACUCUCAGCAUGAUCCGGUGUGCUUACAGCUGUUCGCUCCCGACUUUAAAAAGUUCGGCUGGAAUGCCGUCUUUACCAGCUGCCUUGCAGUUCUUCAGCUCUUUCACUGCUUUCUUAACGUCGUCCAUGGAUGGUGAGUCCACAGCUUUGCCAUCAUCCUCCAUCACCAUCCUGCUCCUUUUCGACUACGCUGUUUUCUUCACCAUUCAACAGCACACUAAAGUGUUCCUUCCAACGCCUGGCCACUUCCGUUCUAUCGGUAAUCAGGUUCCCCUCCCUAUUGUUGCACAUGACAGGGGCUGACACGUUCCGGUUCCUGAUUCCAUUUAUCUUCUUGUAGAGUUAUCUAUAAUAUAUAAAUCAUAUUUAUUUACUUGACUUUUACUCCACUCAUUAGAUCAUGUACAACAUGUGACUGCAGCUUUUUAUGUACGAAACCCCACUUUUUCUUCAUGUCUUCCUUAGAUUUGGCCUCCUUGAAAUACUUCCGUAGUUCCUGUUUCAUAAUAGUCCAGUAUUUAUCGAUGGGCCAUAGUUCCGAUUGCUCAUGUCCUUUGGUACGAAAGUGAUCUCGUUGGCUUCAUACCACUCCAGGACAUAAUUUAAACAGUAGCACAAAGCAAGAUCCGGCCAGAAGAUUGUAGAGCCCUCGUCCCUCAAAUUGCUUCAACCGAGGAAGCAGUUAUGAUACUCCUUGAGGAAGAUCGCCCCGGUAAUCAUGAAUUGCGCAUUCCGUGUGCCACAUAAGGAGAUCGUUUACCAGAUCAGGUUUUUCUUGAUGAACUUUCAAUGUUUCUGCUUCAUCAACCACCCAGCACAAGGGGCAGUGAAGAACAGUAGCUCCGGAAGCUGCCGGAAGUCCGCCUUGACGUGAGUCUCAUCAUCCAUAUUGAGACAACUAGGUUUCAUCGGCAGCUGGGUGUACAGUUUUCAGGCCCGUGACUUUCCCACCGUAUUUCGCCGUUCGUCACGAUUUGAAGUUUUCGUCACUUUGCACGUAUGCAGUCCCUCCCGGUCCUUGGCUCUGAGAUUCAAAUUUUUGACCACAUCCUCGACCGAAGCAUAGGGAUUUUUUUUCAUUUAAACGCUUUCAUGACAUGCUUGUGAUCCUGAUCACUAACAUAACAUAAUUUCUACCCGCUUUGCUACUUUUGUUCGAUGUUCAGAGCCUCGUAGUAAUGUACAAUGCACGACUCACCGUUGACGGCAAUAUUCCGAGUUGUUUUCCAAUGUCACGAAGAGAGAGUUGAGGAUUUUUCAGGUGCUUGCGCAGAAUCAAUUCGCAGAAUUGCUUUCCGGGUAACGCCAUUUUUUCCAAUUGUUGAAAGACAGCGAUGAAAUACAAUGUAAGCAAUACACUCUAAACUACUUCUACCCUAAUUUUCAAGAGCAAACACCCAAUGGCUAAUUUCCUACUGCAGUUUUUCUGCGAUAGAAUACAAUAUUUUUUCCUUCGCUCGGGCACUCAAAGGACAGUAUUUCAACGUGUCAGCCUACUUCGUUUCUAUAAUACAGAUAUUUCAUGUGUUUUCUUGUUUUUAAAUUUUCACACUCAAACACGUCCGGUUUUGGUAAUACGGAUGAACCAUGAUCGUUUGUAAGCUGAACAAAUGUUGAAUGAGGAUAGAAACAAUAUAGUACAGACCUCGGCUUAACGAUGAACUGGACGGGGUCCUGUACUGUUUGUUCUCUUGACUUUCCUUUUGUCAAAAUAAGUCCUUUAAAAUAAUUAGACUGGCUGUCAAAAUUUGCAAAGGAAUUGGAAUUAUGGUGCGAUAUUGGCAGGAGGAACUAGGCUUCGAUAAAACUCCCUUGUAUUGACAAAACAUAAGUGUUUCUUAUAAUUACACUGACCAAAGGAAUUCUAGUCCUUUCCAGGGAAUUGUGUAAAACGCGGUCUGUAGCUGAAAUACAACGAAACGGCUAGGAGAAACUCAAAAGCAGUUGAAUGGCAACUAAAUCACCCUUCUGAAUGUGUACAAUGUUCGCACACAAAAGUAAUUCUCUAGUACUGACAGACAAUAAGCUGCAUUGUAUGCAAUACUCGUUCAAUCAUAGCUGAACAAAAUUAUCUACAAGAACGCUUUUUCUGCAACAAGCUAUUUCUAUAGACUGUCUUCUAGUAUAAAGUUGGAUUUCCUCAUUUGAUAGCUUUUUCAAAAGCUACCCGACUAACAAUUUUGUUGAGUUACAUCUUAUUAGGCUAUUAUUAAGCGGAUCUCAACUAUGGCUUAAUAAGCCGAAAUCCAACAAAAUUGCUUUUUGAUUACUUCUAGACUGCGUGCUGGAUUUUCUUCUCUUUCUAAGCUCAGAAGCCAGUCGGCGCCAUAUGCAAGUUUCUCGUUAGUUUCAACUAUGUUUUCGGUUAUUUUUAUGUUUUCCGAGCGGUUUUCUCUUGUUUUAUUUCUUUUUAUCAUUUUCGGAAAGUUUUUGGCAUUACCCGUGAUCAACGCGUUCUCAACAUUUACUUUUCUUGUCCUUAUUUUUUUCCAAGGUAAUUAUAUUGAAUUGAACGAGCUCGUAGAAUUCUUUAGCUAUAUCUCUGACUUCUACGGCUGUAGCAGAGCUCUUAAGUUUUAGGUCUCUAAUACAGAAGACGAGGCGAGCGGCGAGUUACUCGUCUGAUCAGUUUUGGUAUUGCAGAUAGCGAAUCAGUUGGAUUUUGGACGAGUAGUUCGGCUGUCACCAACCAGGUUUCACUCGCUUUCCCUAAUAAAACGUUUUGCUCGUUUCGACAGUGACUGCGGGCGAGGCGUGUUGCUCGCCUCGUCUUCUGUAAUAGGGGCCAUUAUCUUUUCAAAACAGGAGUCUCACUACUUCCAACCACACCUUCUAAUGGCACCACCUUAACAAUCAAUUGUUUUUUUUUUCUGCGCUGUUAGCUCCGCUACUCUUUAGAAUACUCUGGAAAAUCCCUUGUUUUUCCCAGUCUUAUUUGUAUUUGGCUGUGCUUAAUAGGUUGGUUUGCCCGAUUACCAGGGCAAAGGCUUAGUGCUACAUUUCGAUCCGAAUUAUACGCAGACUUCGCAGCCAACUGUUAAAUGUAGAGGACAAUUGCGAGGCUAGCACCACGAUCCUACUGACACAAACAGUCUCUGGCGAGUCGAGACUCGAACUUGGCUUGUUAGGCCAGCAUCGUACCUCGAGACCAGCUGGGAUGAGCUGUCCGAUUACGGAAAUUUGAAACCCCCCCCCCCCCCCCUUUCCCAAAUAUUUUUUCCACAAUGGGAAAAAAAUACAGCUCGUUGAUUAGUAAUUAGGGUUAUAUUCUAUUUGAUUUUGGUGAUAAUAAGUAUUUAAAUGGAUUACAUCGAAAGUGAUUCGAAAUAGUAUGCGAUUAUGUCAGGAAGACAUACUACAGGUUAAAAAUGAUUAAAGUUAUAUUCUUUGACUUCAGUUCCAGUAAACCAUAUAAUCCGUAUUUUUUUUCUUUAUGAAAAAUUGUACAAAAAUUUCUUUUUAUGUAAAAUUUGCGUAGAAAGUCAUACCGGAGAAUAGAACGAAAAUUGUGUAACACGUAGUUUACUAUGGUUGUCUCCAGAUCACUAUUUUUUCAUUAAUCUGAAGCGUUAAGUACAAUGCUUGCAAGUAGUGAACUUUUUACUGAGACAAACUAUUUUCUUAAAAAAAAUGUUUGUGCAUUAGUCGUUGCAAAUACAGCCCGUAUGAUAAACAAUCAUAAUUUGAAGCUUGAGAUUGAACCUAUUGUCGAUCUUAUAAUAUUUGCAAUUCAAUGAUAAUAAUAAAACUUGGAAUUCAAUCAAAUCAGACACAACGAUCAUUUGUACAAUUCGCCACUUUCUCAAAUUUUUCAAUUAUCUUCAAAUGACAACGAAAAAAAAUCUUCCACUAUCAAUUAGUUUUUGUUUAUUCUGUUAAGCCGUCUCGUUCCAUUUCAAGCUCCAAAAUUAUGGUUUGAUUCAAGACUACGAGCCAAAAUCUUAAACUGUUUUUUUUUUUAUUUUUACAUACACUACACAAUGAAUACGUAUCUUUUUAACCAAAUCAAAGAAUAAUUAUUCGGAAAAGCUUAAUCGUAAAACUAAAGUUUUCUCGAAACAAGCGUGGUGCAUAACCGAGAAACCGAAAUACUCAGACGCUUCAAAGUCUUCAGUCUGUCCUAUACCGAUACUUAUAUAAUGAUUUAAGAGAUUAGAAGCAGCAGAUUUUUUCGGAGUACGCAAAAACACAACCCAAAUUUGUUCUUAGAUUAGGUCAUUAUGGUCGCACUGGUAAAACUACAGCUUCUCAUACUCUUUGUCGGUGAAGAACUAUCACUGAUUUCCUCCUAAACAAAUCAAAAUUAAUAUUACGUGUGCGAAUUGUUUUGAGUGCAAUUUGCAAUAAUAACAAUAAAAUGAUUGGCUGCUUCCACCAAAUACGUGAAACAAAAUCACACAAACAGAAAAAAAAAACUCUACACAAUAUAUUGGCCGUUAUAGGCAUCUAGUUUGAGAACAAACCAAAAAAAAAAAACAAAAAUGAAGGACCUAAUUUGUACUGCAGUGAAAUUUGACAAAAAAAAAAACAA